GCGCCCGGGUGGAGAUGCUGCCUGCGGGCACAGACCACUGGAGCCCGAGCCAGGCGCACACGAGUCUCCCCAGACCCGCCUGCCCCGCCGCCCCAACGACUCUCAAUCCUCCAGCCAGCCCGCCCUCGCCUUGUCUCCUGCGGCACUCCGGACCUCAUCGACGGCAGGCCACGGGCGAGUACCGGGUGCGUGUGGCCACCGGCUCCUUCCUGGGCUCGGGAACCUGGGACAAAGUGUCAGUAAGCCGUGGACCCGCAGGCGAGAGCCCGGCCCUGCGGCUGGACAACUUCGGGAAGGACUUCAAUCCGGGCGCGGAGGAGGACUUCGAGGUGAAGCCCCCCCAGGACGUGGGCCCGGUGCUGCUGCUGCGCGUGCACAAGGCGCCCCGGGCGCUGUCCCACCCGCCUGGGCCCUUGGUUCCCGACGCCUGAUUCUGCCGCUGGUUCCAGCUCACGUCGCCACGGGGCGCCCGGCUCUGCUUCCCCUGCUACCAGUGGCUGGAGGGGGCGGGGACCCUGGUGCUGCGGGAGGGGGCAGCCAAAGUCAUCUGGCAGGACAGCCACCCUCUGCUCUGUGCCCAGCGCCAGGCAGAGAUAAAGGAGAGGCAGCAGAAAUACCGGUGGAGUGAGUUUUUCCUGGGCAUACCCCACUGCCUAGAUGCAGAAAACCUCAAGGAGCUCGAUCCCAACCUGCGCUACUGGGUCACCAAAGAAGUCAGCCAGAAAUUCCACCUCCUCUUCCCGAACAUCGCCCUGAAGCUGAAGAGACUGCUGGCUAGCCAACGGCCCUGGAGAAGCCUGGAUGAGAUCCAGCGCACCUUCGUCUUCCCCAAAUCACCCAUGUCAGAGUGCGUGUUUCAACAUUGGUGGGAGGACACCUUCUUUGCCUCCCAUUUCCUGAAUGGCGUCAACCCUAUCCUGAUCCGCCGCUGUCACAGCCUCCCAAAGAACUUCCCUGUCACUGAUGCCAUGGUGGCCCCCAUGCUGGGCCCUGCAACCAGUCUGCAGGCUGAGCUGGAGAGGGGCUCUCUGUACCUAGUGGACCACGCCAUCCUCUCAGGCCUCCGCCCUAGUGUCAUUAACGGGCAGCCCCAGUACGUGGCUGCACCCCUGACCCUGCUGCACCAGCGCCCCGGCGGGCCCCUGCUGCCCUUCGCCAUCCAGCUCACUCAGACUCCUGGCCCAGACAGCCCCAUCUUCCUACCCAGUGAUGAGGCCCAGGACUGGCUCCUGGCCAAGACCUGGGUGCGCCACUCAGAGUUCUCGGUACACGAGAUGGUCACUCAUCUGCUUCGAACUCACUUUGUGAUGGAGACCUUUUUUCUCUCCAUGCUGCGACAGCUGCCCAUGUGCCACCCUAUCUUUAAGCUGCUCAUUCCUCAUUUCCGCUACACCUUGCACAUCAACAUCCAGGCCCACACUGGGCUCUUUGCACCAGGAAAGCUCAUCGACCACUCAACAUCGCUGGGACGGGUGGGCUGCCUGGAGCUGAUUGCCAAAGGGCUAGAGGCUGUCACCUACCGCUCCCUCUGCCUGCCCCACCAGCUGGCUGACCGUGAGGUCCAGGACCUCACCCACUACUACCAUCGAGAUGAUGCGCUCCAGAUCUGGGCAGCCAUAGAGAGCUUUGUGUCCGGCAUUGUUGGCAUCUGCUACCCAGAGGACAGUGCAGUGAGCAAGGACUUGGAGCUGGAGGCCUGGGUCAGGGAGAUCUUCCAGGAGGGUUUCCCAAGCUACAUGAGCUCAGGGGUCCCUUCCACCCUGGACAGCUGCGCUGGCCUCACUGAGUAUCUCACCAUGAUCAUCUUCAACUGCUCAGCCCAACAUGCUGCUGUCAACAGCGGCCAGUUGGAAUUCAGUGCCUGGAUGCCCAAUAUUCCCACCACCAUGUGGCUCCCCCUGCCCACCGCCAAAGGCCAGACAGACCUGGUGGCCUUACUCCCUGAAGUCAACGCCACGUGCCAUGCUCUUGUGCUUUUCUGGGGUGUCAGCAACGAAACCAAGGACACUGGGAGCCUGGGCACCUACCCAGACGAGCACUUCACCGAGCAAGCCCCGCGGAGGAGCAUCGCCGCCUUCCAGAGCCGCCUGGCCCAGAUCUCGCGGGACACCCGGGCGCGGAACCGGGGCCUGGCGCUGCCCUACGCCUACCCGGACCCCGCGAGAGUGGAGAGCGGCGCCGCCGUGUGA